AAUAAAGUCCCAAACUUUUUCUCCAAUCUGUCCUGUUUUCAUCUCUUUUUUUUCUUCCGUGAGUACCCUUUUCGUAGUUCUUCUUUGAUGAUUUGAUCUUCUCUUAUCCGUAUCCGGGUUUCACGAGAAUUUCACUCUUGUUUCCUUUUAAUUUUUUCCUUCGAUUUACUGCAAUUAUCCUUGUUGUUAUAUGGUUUUUAACUUUUAAUCAUACUGCUGAAUCCAUAUUUAUUGGACACUCCGUAAUCUUCGCCGUUUGUUUCAAUCUGAAACUCUGAGAUUUAAAGGAAACCCGUUUGAGUUGGGAGAAGCAGUCUCUCUAUAAAUUGCAGUUGAGUUGAGUGAAACAGGUUCCGUAGAGAUUCACGAGAAAAAAAAAAAAACAAGGUGUUGUAGGGUAACCAUGGCUGCGAGAAAUCUGGAGAAGAUGGCUUCCAUAGAUGUCCAGCUGAGGCUUCUUGCUCCUGGGAAGGUGUCUGAAGACGACAAGCUCGUGGAGUUCGACGCUCUGUUGCUGGAUCGCUUUCUGGAUAUUCUUCAAGACUUGCAUGGCGAGGAAAUCAGAGAAUUCGUUCAAGAAUGCUACGAGGUUGCAGCUGAGUACGACGGGAAGCGGGACACGGAGAAGUUGGAGGAGCUCGGUAACAUGCUGACGAGUCUUGACCCGGGGGAUUCGAUCGUGGUCACAAAGUCGUUCUCCAACAUGCUUAGCUUGGCCAACUUGGCCGAGGAAGUCCAGAUCGCAUACCGGCGCAGGAUCAAGAAACUCAAGAAAGGCGAUUUUGCCGACGAGGCAUCUGCCACUACGGAAUCAGACAUCGAAGAGACUCUCAAGAGGCUUUUGCAGUUGAAGAAAUCCCCCGAAGAGGUCUUCGAUGCUCUCAAAAACCAAACCGUCGAUUUGGUCCUAACGGCUCACCCGACUCAAUCUGUUCGCCGGUCUUUGCUCCAAAAGUUUGGGAGGAUUCGUAAUUGUUUGACACAGUUAUAUGCUAAGGACAUUACUCCUGAUGAUAAACAAGAACUCGAUGAAGCCCUGCAAAGAGAGAUUCAAGCUGCUUUCAGGACAGACGAGAUACGGAGAACUCCUCCGACUCCGCAGGAUGAAAUGAGGGCAGGGAUGAGCUACUUCCACGAGACCAUCUGGAAAGGCGUUCCGAAGUUCCUGCGACGUGUCGACACCGCACUGAAGAAUAUCGGGAUCGACGAACGCGUUCCUUACAACGCCCCUCUGAUCCAAUUCUCGUCUUGGAUGGGCGGUGAUCGUGAUGGAAACCCGAGAGUAACUCCCGAAGUUACGAGAGACGUAUGCUUAUUAGCCAGAAUGAUGGCUGCUAACCUCUACUUCUCUCAGAUAGAGGAUCUUAUGUUCGAGCUGUCAAUGUGGCGCUGCAACGAGGAACUUCGUAUCCGUGCGGAAGAACUUCAAAGCUCCUCGAAGAGGGAUGCAAAGCAUUACAUAGAAUUCUGGAAGCAGAUUCCGCCCACUGAACCAUACCGAGUAGUUCUCGGGGAUGUGAGGGACAAGUUGUACAACACGCGCGAGCAUGCACGCCAGUUACUGUCAAAUGGAGUUUCAGACAUUCCCGACAACGCAGUUUUCACAAAUGUGGAUCAGUUCCUUGAGCCGCUUGAGCUCUGUUACAGGUCUCUGUGCGACUGCGGUGACCGAUCAAUUGCUGACGGAAGCCUCCUCGACUUUUUACGUCAAGUCUCCACCUUCGGGCUGGCACUUGUGAAAUUGGAUAUCCGACAGGAAUCCGACCGACACACAGAUGUCUUGGAUGCUAUUACAAAGCACUUAGAGAUUGGAUCCUACAAGGAAUGGUCAGAGGAAAAGAAACAGGAAUGGCUCUUGUCCGAGCUCAGUGGGAAACGCCCUCUCUUUGGCCGUGAUCUUCCCAAAACCGAAGAAAUCGCCGACGUCUUGGACACAUUCCAUGUCAUCUCAGAGCUUCCUCCCGAUAGUUUCGGUGCCUAUAUAAUCUCGAUGGCGACUGCCCCGUCUGAUGUACUCGCUGUCGAGCUCUUGCAGCGAGAAUGUAGGAUAACUCAUCCCCUGAGAGUUGUCCCGUUGUUCGAGAAGCUUGCUGAUCUAGAAAACGCUCCGGCCUCAGUUGCCCGUCUCUUCUCGAUCGAUUGGUAUAGGAAUCGGAUCAACGGAAAACAAGAAGUCAUGAUAGGGUACUCGGAUUCUGGCAAAGACGCAGGCCGUCUCUCUGCAGCCUGGCAGCUGUACAAAACACAAGAAGAACUCGUGAAGGUCGCGAAAGAAUUCGGUGUGAAGCUGACGAUGUUCCACGGAAGAGGAGGGACGGUGGGAAGAGGAGGCGGACCGACCCACCUCGCCAUUCUUUCCCAACCUCCGGACACGAUUCACGGGUCGCUGAGGGUUACAGUCCAGGGCGAAGUCAUAGAACAGUCGUUUGGAGAAGAGCAUUUGUGUUUCAGGACCCUCCAGCGUUUCACGGCUGCAACGCUCGAGCACGGGAUGCACCCUCCGGUCUCACCCAAGCCCGAGUGGCGGGUACUCAUGGACGAGAUGGCUGUCAUCGCCACCCGGGAAUACCGUUCCGUCGUCUUCGAGGAGCCACGUUUCGUCGAAUACUUCCGACUGGCAACGCCAGAGCUCGAGUACGGUCGGAUGAACAUAGGGAGUAGGCCGUCGAAACGUAAGCCGAGUGGGGGGAUCGAGUCACUCCGAGCGAUCCCCUGGAUAUUUGCAUGGACUCAGACAAGGUUCCACCUGCCAGUCUGGCUCGGCUUUGGAGCGGCGUUCAGACACGUGAUCGAGAAAGACGUGAAGAAUCUCCACAUGCUGCAGGAGAUGUACAACCAUUGGCCGUUCUUCCGAGUGACUCUCGACUUAGUCGAAAUGGUUUUCGCCAAGGGGGACCCCGGGAUCGCGGCCUUGUACGACAAGCUCCUUGUCUCGGAAGAACUCCAACCGUUCGGACAGCAGCUCCGCUCAAACUACGAAGCGACCAAACGCCUCCUACUCCAGGUGGCGGGACAUAAGGAUAUACUGGAAGGAGACCCGUACCUGAGGCAAAGGCUGAGGCUGAGGGAUCCGUACAUAACGACGCUGAACGUGUGCCAGGCAUACACGCUGAAGCAGAUAAGGGAUUCGAGCUUCCACGUGAAGGUGAGGCCGCACCUGUCGAGGGAGUACACGGAGUCGAGCAAGCCGGCGGCCGAGCUCGUCAGGCUGAACCCUAAGAGCGAGUACGCACCUGGCCUCGAAGACACUGUCAUCCUCACCAUGAAGGGAAUCGCCGCCGGCAUGCAGAACACCGGCUGAAGUCGCUUUUUACUUUCUUUCUCUUCCUUUUGUAUUAUUCUAAGACUCUCUCUCUCUCUAUCGAACCUGCUGACGUGUGGUCUACGUCUGGAGUGUUUAUAUUGAAUUAUUAAUAGAUACGAAUGGUUUCCCUUUUA